AAAAGUGAAGCAAAAUGCCCCCUUUUAUUGGCUAACUGAAAAGAUUACAAUAUGCAAGCUUUCUAGGCAACUCAGGCCCCUUCUUCAGGCAAGAUCAUCUUUUCGUAUCCAAACCUUCGAAAUUAGUUCCUCUGCAAUAUGUUCCUAAUUUUAAUCCAUUACAUAAACAAAGAGAGACACAUUUUCGCUGUAACCAUUGUCUCCCCCAGCGAUGCAUUUACUAUCAUGAAUAAUAAAAGUUGAGAAUUGCCUAAAUAAUUGAUAUGCAACGUCUAAAAAAAUCUCAAAGUCGUUUCUUGUCUUAAAAAAGAAAACUUGUUUUAAAUUCAACGUGGAAGCAAUAUGAUAAUUCCAAUUAAACUUACCGAAAAAGCGUUCGUGUUGUGAAGUGUGACAUUUGAUAUUACGGAAACUCUUUACCAAGGGCGUCUGGGAAAUGAAGUCUUUAAGGAGUCUCGAGGCACGCUUUUUUAUGGGGGCGGGGGCGCGCAUGCCUAAUUAGACAUCUAUUCGGCCUUUUUCGUGUCGGAAGCGGAAAUUAAAGUGGCUUGCCUUGUACCGCGCAAUCUGAAACUCUUUAUAAACAAACCGUCUGCCGAUUCCACGGGCAGGGUAUUGGGAUAGUUAAAAGGAUUUAAAACCAGUAGAUGGGAAUACUCGGAGGACGAGUAAGACCAGGAAGUGGUAAAGACGUGAUCGCCUCCGAACGACUACUGCUAAGAUGAGGCAAGAAGCUGGGGCUCCUGUCACCGAGGACGGGCUCGCUACACAGGCGGUGGCAUCAGAAUGGAAACACGAGGCGAAUGAAGCAGCCUUAUCUGGAACGAGCCAUGAUUGGAUUUUAACCGACUGUGUGAGUUUAGCGGCCAUCGAGGCAAGUCACACCCGGGAUGAAACUGAAAUGAAUGAGAGGAGCGAGACAGGUGGAGGUGGAGGUUUUCCUGAAGUUUCUAUCCAAUGUGCACAAGGAUCCUGUCCCUUCAGCCUUGACCUGUUGAAAACGGAGGCUGCGACUGUCCAUAGAACUGAAGAUGGCGUCGUUUUGAAAUGUGAAGAGGAAGCCACUGAGAAUAUUUCUUGUGAUAUUAAGCAAGAAGAUAGUAAGUCUGAAUUAGUUUUAGAUGGCGAUAUGGGAAAGGAAUCCAUCAACACCAAGGUGAAAGCAUUCAUCAGCGUUAAAGAGGAGACCUCUGAAGUUGAAGUUUCCCCUCCUGUUAAAAAACAAAGGCUGACUGUAGACUUUAUAGAUGAAGAUAAAGCCACCAUUUUGAAAAGUAAAGAAAGUGGGUUUGGAAGUGAACAGUCUGAGGAGGAGUCAAAAGAUUUUUUGCCAAUGCACAGUGUGCCAACACAGCAGUCACUUGUGGCUAAUGUUGAGCUUCACGUUUCUGAUAAAAACUUGGAGCAGCUCAAUAAAUUAAACAAUUGUAAAUCGUACCAGGAACCCGACUCCACAGAACACCUGUCCCCAGGUGCAGAUUUCACAGAGGCGGUUAGGUCUGCUUCAUUCAUUAGAGAGCAGCAGGGAAUUCACGCAGAAGAAACACCCAACAUCUCCACUGCUGAUGGGAAGAUUUUUGGUAAUUCAGAGAAAUUCUCCUGUACUUCAGACAUUCGACAACGCCGGCAAAUACAUAAGGGUGAAAAAACAAACUGUUGUACUAAAUAUCGAAGGUGUUUAAUCCGUGGCUCAGGCUUGAGGUGGCACAGGUCUGUUCACCUAUCAGUAAAGCCUCACCAGUGUAGCCAAUGUGCGAAAACUUUCAAAUGGAAUUGCAAGCCUAGAUGGCGUUGUAGCAACUGCAGUGGAGAAAGACCAUACCAGUGUAGAGAAUGCGAGCGGACUGUUAGCCGGGCUGAACUUCUUAAAAUGCACCAAAGAACUCCUACAGGAGGAACGCUCUACAAAUGUACUAAAUGUGGAAAGAGUUGCAGGAGGAGGGCGUGUCUCAAACUACACCUGAGGAGACAUACGGGACAAAAAACAUACAAAUGCACUGCAUGUGGAAAGAAUUUCCGGCAGACGAGGCACCUUAAAGUCUUUGGCGUUAACUCUGAGUCUGACUCUGGCUCAGAAUUGAUGAAUCGGUCAUCAGACAUCGACAUGGACAGUGACAGUGAAAGCGACUCCUGUUCAGUCGAUUCCGACCCGCCAAGUUUCAGCGAUGCUCGUGUUUGGUGUCGGCUUCAUGUUACUGCUGACCAUCCUGCACCUCCUCGUUUCCCAUUUACGGGCAACCCUGGCCUAAAGGUGUCUGUUGGUCAUGAUUAUCUGGACUAUUUACGACUGUUCAUUGAUGAUAGUCUGAUGGAAAAAAUAGUUAAUGAAACGAACCGCUAUGCCGAACAGUGUCAGAAAAGUCACAGUAAACCAUUUGCUCGUCCCAAUCGCUGGCAGCCUGUCACUGCAGAUGACAUGUGGGUAUUUUUCGGUCUCCUGAUACUGCAGGGUAUUUUGGGUAAACCAGUGCAGAGAUGGUACUGGUCCACAAACCGGUUGUUGCAGACACCCAUUUUCAGUGAAGUUAUGAGCGAGUGUCGUUUUUCACUCAUUAUGAAAUACCUGCACUUCACUAAUAACGAGGACUAUGAUGAAGCCAAUCACCCAGCACCCAGACUGUUUAAACUGUGGGAAAUUUAUCAGGCAAUCGUCAAUAAUAUGCAGAAGGUGUAUGUACCUGAGCGGGACGUAAGCAUUCAUGAAAGUCUGAUGGAUUUCAAGGGAAGGCUGUCAUGGAUACAGUACAUCUCCUCCAAGCGAGCAAGAUUUGGGAUCAAGUUCUACAUGCUGUGUGAAGCAAGUUCUGGAUACAUCUGGAACUCGAUCCUUCACACAGGUAAAGGGACCCGGUGGGAGGACAAGUACAGUCAAUACAAUGUUGCUACAUCAUCUGUGCUCUCACUGGCGGACCCUUUGCUUGACCAUGGUUACUGUAUAACAAUGGACAGUUAUUGUACUUCACCUGCACUGCUUGAAAUUUUAAUUCAAAGAAAAACGGAUGCAUACGGCAGUGUGCGACCGAAUCGCCGUGAUAUGCCUGGUGACUUCAGCCUCGUGGAGCUGCAGCGUGGUGCAGUAGCUGCGUGGCAAAAAGGCAAAAUGAUUGCCAUCAAGUGGAAUGACAGGAAAGACGUCUGCCUCCUAAGCACUGUUCACAACGCCGACACUGUCCAUGUUCGCGUCAGGGGAAAUGAGGGAGUCGCUAAGCCGUGUGCCGUGGUCGCCUACAAUAACACAAUGGGCGGUUUCGACCGUGUGGAUCGGGCACUGACAUUCUACCCUGUCAUGUACAAGAGACAGAAAAAAUAUUACAAGAAAAUCUUUCGACAUCUGCUCGAACAGUGCCUAUGGAAUGCAUUUGUCCUAUACAAAAAGACCAUCGACAAAGCCCUAAGUCACGCGGACUUCACGUGGAAGGUGGUGGAAAGCAUUCUGAAGAAGCACCAGCCGUCGACCUCGUCUGGAAUGGUGGGUCGUCGUCGCACAACCUGUGUGAAUCCCGAACGUCUGAUCGGUCGACAUUUCAUCGACCACUGCCCUCCAACAGCGAAGAAGAAGAAUCCUACACGAAUGUGUGUUGUUUGUUGCUCUAAACGUGACGAGACGGGCAAGAAAGUGCGCAAAGAAACACGCUUCUACUGUCCCGAUUGUAACGUCGGGCUGUGCGUCGGUAAAUGUUUUAAAACGUAUCACACAAAAGACGUGUACUAAAUCAUCAUUCGUACAGCAGCGAACAUUCGACAGACCUUUCCUAUUGUAAUUAUGUUGAUGUUUUUGAAUUUUUCUGUUACACGUAACAUUUUUUCAUGGGGGGGGGGGGUAAAUCAACAUUUUUAGCUUGUUUUCCCAGGGGAAACUGAACACUAAAGACUUUAAAUUUAAUAAAAAGAUUCACAAGGGACAAAAGGAUGUACGAACGCACUUACUGUUGAUAGGCUUUCACUAGGCCUUAAUGCCUCAGAGUCCAUUAGGGAAUUCACACUGUAAUCAAAACUGACGGCCAUUAUGAACAAUGCUGCAUAUCCAGUUUGUGACACAGUAGCAUUGUUGACUCAAAAUAAGUGUACCAGGCAAGGCUACUGGCAUCGGGAUCACUUAAGGAAAGGCCCACCGAAUCAAUAAGCUGAGAAGAAGGCAGGCUCAGUUACAGGACGCUCCCUGGACCCGCUGGUGGUUGUAGUGGAGGAGAGAAUGAAGACUAAACUAAAUGCUCUCAUGAACAAUGCUGCACGUAUGCGGUCUGUGAUACACUAGCAUUCAGGAUUUCAAUAGAAGUGUGUCACGAAAUGCUACUGGGGCUCCUUCAUACUUACUGCAGUACAUCUUAACCUAACCUCGUGCCUCACCGGGGACUUCUCUAAUCUUCUAGUGUGUGUUUAAAAGGGCAUGUUGUUUGUUAUAAUAUUUCUUGAAUUUUUGUAAAAAGUUACUGUAAAGUUCCUUCUUGGAAUAAGUAAAAUUCUAUCCACCAUUUAGUUUUAGCAUCAAUUUUGUGAAACGGUAUACAAAACCAAAUUUGGCUUUUUCUCUCAUCAUUAAAGACGUUGCAGUAAGGUGCUGAAUUCCAGAUGAACUUGUAUAAACUGUUGUGUUUCUCAU